AGUCUACACGUGAGGCAAAUUAGAUUUUCAUGUGGAAAGUAAAACUGAGUGUGGUGGUGUGACCUUACUGAGCAAUCGGAAAUUAUAAACUCCAAUUCUUCAAACGCUAUGGGGUUUAUACAUCGCCUUAAAACAUGACAAGACUCGUUUAAAACGCUCCUCAAUACGUUUCAAAAGAUAUAAUGAAAAUAAAUCAUGGUAUUUCAUACUUUAUCUUUUGUAUUCUUAAAAAAAAACGAGUUGAACGCGGCCAUCGACAGAUGUACCUGAAUACAACCUUCCCACUUCCAAUAUGGCGGUCCAACGAAGGAAUUUAAUGCAGAGUCAUCAGAGUUGGACGGACGACCUUCCUCUAUGCCAACUCUGCGGCGUUGGAACUGCACCCAAUUGCGUGUACGGCACAGAUGGCAAAGGCACGCAGAGCCACCCGAAUGAGGACACACACCUCCGCUUCAGGAGCGAGGACGGCUGUUCCCUGUAUGGCGUAUUCAAUGGCUACGAUGGCAGCCGAGUGGCCAGUUUUGCUUCACAGUGUCUUACAGCUGAACUUCUGCUGGAGCAUCUUAGCUCCGACCACUCGGACACUGACGUCCACAGGAUUCUAACACAGGCUUUUGAAGCGGUGGAGAAGAGCUACUUGCAUACUAUCGACGACGCUUUGGCUGAAAAAGCUAACCUUUCUGGCUACAUGCUACCACACAGCGAGAAGGUGCAGGAGAGAUUGAAGGAGUUGGAGCAGGAGGUUUCAGGAGGAGCCACGGCUAUUGUGGCGCUCAUUCUCAACAACAAGCUCUACAUAGCCAAUGUUGGGACCAACCGGGCUCUGCUGUGCAAAACUACCACCGAUGGCCAGAACCAGUUCUUUCAGCUAGGCCAACCUCACAGCACCAAUAAUGAGGACGAGCUGAAGAGACUGGCCGGGCUGGGAUUGGAUUCAGCCCGUGUGAGGCAGUCAGGCCAGAUCGCUGGGCAGAUCAGCACCAGGAGGCUUGGAGACUACCGUGUCAAAAUUAACUACAACGAAAUUGACUUGCUCAGAGCCGCCAAAACGAGGCCAAUCAUCGCUGAGCCAGAGAUCCACGGCAACCAGUCAUUGGAUAGCGUGACAGGCUUUCUGCUGCUCAUGUCGGAAGGACUCAUUGAUGCCCUGGAGUGUGCGCACGGGCCCGAACAAGUCAACAAGGAAAUUGUUGCCAUGGUUGCAGCUGAGCUGGCGCAGCAGACCACAUUGGAGGCAGCAGCCCAGUCGGUGGUGGACCGCGUCAAACGGCUACACCAUGACGUCUACACGUCAGGCCGGCAGAGGGCCACCUUGUGCUCCCGUCACGAGGACAUGACCCUGCUCAUCCGCACGCUCAACUACCCGCUGGCGGAUGGAGUCCUCACACCCACACAAGGUGGCCGCAUCUACCCGGUAUCGGUGCCCUACUCCAACAGCCAGAGUACCAGUAAAACCAGUGUCACACUCUCGCUGGUCAUGCCCUCUCAGAGCACCCUAACCAACGGCACCAACACGGCUUCCACCCUGGAGGAGGGAACCCCCACGCCUGGUAGCCAGAGCCCCACGGCCACGCUGCAGUCCACCAACACGCAGACGCAGAGCUCCAGCUCCAGCUCAGGGGACGGGAGUCUGUUUCGCCAGCGAGGCAGUCAGGCGGCACAACCCGAUGAGACGGGACUCGUGCCACCCUACGUGGACUUCACGCAGUUCUAUCGCCUGUGGGGAAGCGAGCACGGUGAUGGACAGAUUGCUCAGGGUGCCCUGGGACCCCAGUGAGACCAACGCGGUGGGGACUUUUACCUGCUGACCCCUACCUUUUUCCAUGGAAGUGAAACGCCAGUGCAAAAUGACGAGGAAGCCUUUGCGGACUGUAUAAUCCUCACUUGCUGCCGUGUUUGGAUUCUUUCACAGUUUAAUCCUCAUGGUUGGGGCUGGUGCUUGCUUUCCAUGGCCUAUAAGUGUCUUGGGACGCUUUCAUCUCUGCCGGUGAAGCCUUUGAGGGUUCAAAAUGACCCAUAAAGGACAAAAAUGUCACUUCAUGAGGUACACCAUCUCAAGGAGAUUGAAAAGUAAACAAAUCUGACUUUGCAUAAAAAAUCAGACAUUAAAAAAAUGGUUCAUUUUCGGUUAAGGAUCAUUGACCGCUGUUAGCCGGUACUUCGUGGUAUCAGGUGCUUAUUAAGGCUGUCGAUACCAGCCAGUGGACCUUUUCGACCUGUCAAUCAUUCGUACAAUAAUAGCCAAUCAGAUAGCCACAUUGUCUUAACCCCUGACUUGACCCGCCCCUCUUGUUGUCAUGUCCCACAAGCAAUGCUCGUUAUCGGUCGCGCGCGCUUGGAAAAGUUAAUGUCACGAACCAAAUAGUCCUGAGAUGCGCUUGGGGAAUGUGCAAUUCUGAUGAAAGAUAUCCGGCUAGGUUACAAGGGGCCCGGUUGAUUCAUUUUCCAAAGCUUAAAACACAGUUGACGAAGUGUCUACGAUGGGUUAAGACUUGCGCAAGAGAGCACGUACAACUAAAUGUAGACAAUAUCAACAAACACAAGGUUGUAUGUUCUAAGGUAAGUGAGGGAGAAGUAUCUUCUCUGAGUUUGAAUUAUUAUCAGUACUUUAUACAUAGCAGGAGGACAACUUUCACUUUGUUAGUGUAUCACUGACCUGCUGAAUGAAGCGUGUCAUGUUUUAUACCGAAGAGUUGGGUUAGUGAUACGUAAAUGCGCCACGUCAUGCAAGAGUAAUGUCUAUUUGUCUAUUUGUAUCGCAUCGGACUUUUAAAACAGGGCACUGGGUUCACAAGUCUGACUCAUUUGACAAAAAACAUACCCCAAUAUUAUCUUCAAUACGCCGAAGAGAAUCCAGUUCAAACCUGUUAUGUUCAGUUGCCAUUUUGGAAGAUUGUAAGGCAUGGCAACUGUAGCUUGGGGGAGGGGGGGGGGGGGCAGAGCUGAAGAUCGCCAGUUGGAAAGGUCCAUGAUCCUUUAGGCAAAAAAAGAUUUGACAUCGAGUAAGUCCUCCUUACAAGUAAUUGGCACAAGACUGCGACAGUUUGACACAUUAGCAAAUCAUUGUGUGUCAGAAAGAAAGAAAGAGAGGUCUUUAUUUCAAAUUUUAUCUAUCAAAAAUACUAGUGGUAUCAGUGAGUAUUCAAGAGUAAUCUUACUGGUAUUGGUUUGAAAAACUGGUAUUGAGCAUUCCUAGUUUUGAUUAAUUGAAAAAAAAAAUGCAUUGUCCAGUGUUUCGAAUGAUUUGACCUACUGAAA